AUGCUGCUUGCCUUGGUGUCACUGUUUCCCUUCUUUCCUUGGCAGAUCACAGAGCUCUCCAAAGAGGUCUUCAAACUGAAAGAAGCUCUGAAGGAUCUUUCGGAGCUGUCCAGCGGUGCUUCCCUUAAAGGGAUCUUCUCACCCAAGGCAGAGAGCGAGCUGGAGGUAGCUACCUUCCAAAGGAGAAUUAAAGAUCUGGAGCAGCAGUUGAUUGAGUCCGAGCGACGUCAUAAUAAUAUCAUCUCUUUGUACAGAGGACACCUUCUUUAUGCUAUACAGGGCCACAUGGAUGAAGACGUCCAGAGAAUCCUCUUCCAGAUUUUGAAGAUGCAAAGUCUUCAGGAACAAGGCAGAUGAGACGAGGCAACGGGUGGCAGACUCGAACCCGGGGUGGGGUGGGCAGGCUGGGACAUUCCCUUGGGAAAGGAGGACGUCAAGGUCACGCCAACUAUAUCCAGUCCAACGGUGAGGCAGGAACGGGGUAGAGCAGCUGGAACCCAAAUGCCUUCGAAUUGCUUCACAAUCCUUGGCGCCUUCAUUUGGCCAAUGUCCAAAGCUCUCCCGGCUGAAUUUCUGCCUGCGAUCACAAUGUUGAAGGCUACAGGGUCAUUGCAAGGAGGUAGAGUAGAAACAGAGAUGAAAGAUUUAGGGUGGGACGGGGGCGUGACCCCUAGGGGUCAGCUGUUUAUUUCCACUGCAUCUAAUGGCAAUAUAUAUACCAGGGGUGGGUUUCUCGCCCCGUUCCAACCGGUUCGGUUGGAACGGGGCCGCCGGCGU